AACCCGAGAAUCAUUCUCCAAAAUUUUCUUCCCCCUGGCAGGUCUCCGCCGAGACAGCUCUAGUCCCCUCUCAGGGGCCUUCGCGUCUUCCUCCCAAGAACCCUAGAUUUUAUCAGACAUCAAUCUUUGAAUCUCUUAAAUCUAUCAAAGAAACCGCAAAUCUAUCGUCCCUGUAAAAAUUGUAUCAAAGGAAUUAAAACCCUAGAAGAAAUGGCCCAAGAGGAGGAAACCCUAGAUCCUUCUCCUCCUCUUUCACAAUCCUCCACUGAUCAGUCUCUCUCGCAGUCUUCUUCUCCCUCCUCUUCAGAUCCUUCAUUGUCUAGAAACGCAUCCUUUAGUCGUCUCAACGCGCAGGCUCCCGAGUUCGUCCCAACUAGAGCACCGACUCAGCAUCCGCAACAACCACAGUCACAGCCACAACAAGCGCCCAGAAUCAAUAUCCCUUCUCCACCGCCGCCUACCAUGCUGCACGUCUAUCAUCCUCCACCGCCGUUUCACGUUCCGAUUCAGAGCCCGGUAGCCAUGCCACAUCCUCACAUGGUUCCUUUGCAGAAUCACCAUAUGCACCAUCAUCAUUAUCCUCACAACAACCAUCAUUUUGUCCCUCUUCGCAAUCAUAAUCAUCACAGUCAGCAUCAUCAGUAUUAUGGCGGUGGGGAACAUGAGGUUGAUGUGGUUGUAAAGAACGGUGGUGGUCAAAGGAAGGAUCAGAAAAAGGAUAACGGAGAUGGUGCUACUGUUGCUGGGCCUGAUUCAAGAAGUGGUUUAUCUGAUGAUCUUGUCGCUCAGAAGAUUCUGAAUCAGGUUGAAUAUUAUUUUAGCGAUCUAAACUUGGCCACCACUGAUCAUCUGAUGAGAUUCAUCAACAAGGAUCCUGAAGGAUAUGUGCCAAUAUCUGUCGUUGCAUCUUUCAAGAAGAUCAAAGCCCUAAUUAAUAGUAAUUCUCAGCUUGCUUCUAUUCUUCGGGACUCAUCAAAGCUUGUAGUUAGUGAAGAUGGAAAGAAAGUGAGAUGUCGGCGUCCUAUUACUGAGUCUGAUAUAGAGGAACUGCAGACUCGGAUAGUUGUUGCUGAAAAUCUACCUGAAGAUCAUUGCCACCAAAAUCUGAUGAAGAUUUUCUCUGCUGUUGGGAGUGUGAGGACAAUUCGUACUUGUCCACCUCAAACCUCGAGUAAUGGGGCUUCCUCAGCAUCAAGAUUAGCAAAACAUGACGGGAUGCUUUUAAGUAACAAGUUGCAUGCCUUCGUGGAAUAUGAAACAAUUGAACUAGCUGAGAAAGCAGUUGCAGAGCUGAAUGAGGAGGGGAAUUGGAGGAGUGGUCUUAGAGUUCGGCUAAUGCUUAAACGCACAGCAAAAGAUGCAAAGCCUCAAGCUCGUGGAAGAAAAGUACAUGAUGGGGAAGGGCAGUAUGAGGAAGAUGAUGCUACUACUUCUGAACAGCAGCUAAAUGGAAAACCAUCUGAAGAUUGUUUGCAGCAAUUAGACAUCUAUUCACAUGACAAUGCAGGAGAGGAGCUUGCCAACGACAAGGAUAAUGGCCAUAGAAAAGGGCGUGGCCGAGGUCUGGGCAAAGGGCGUGGGCGUCCUCAUCAGUAUCAUCACAAUAACCAUCACAACAAUCAUCACAACAAUCGUGGGAAUCACUUGGGAACUCCUCCCUCAAAUCAUUCAGCUGUGAAUGAGCAGCCAACUAUAGCCAAGCAGCCUCCAGGGCCUCGGAUGCCAGAUGGCACGAGAGGAUUUGCCAUGGGUAGGGGGAAGCCAGUCUCCGUGAAUAUCAGAUAAUUAGCCCCCUCGAUCAUUGGUGAUGUCUUUGCAAAAUAUAUAUUGGGUUGGGGAGACCGUGCCUUGUGUGGUGUCGAUGGCAGAAUUUUUCUCAAGGCUGCCCAUCUAAAUAGUUCGCACCAGUUUUUUGUAUUUUCAUCCAUCUCUAUCUUCUAUCUGGUUGGUAUCAACGAUGCAGAAACAGACAUCUCCCUUUUUUUUUUUUUUUUUUAUAACGGUUUUAGUUGUAUUAAUAUUAGCACAAAAAUAAGUAGUCAAAAAGCAAGACCGUGGGGAAAGUAAUCAUAUAUAUACCUAUAAGUAUAUCCGAGUAAAAAACUUAUGACACAUGGGAAUAAUACACUGUUCUUUCGGUGUAUCUCUGGCCAAA